AUGAUCAACUCUUCGGGCAGCACGCAGGUUGGCGAUCUGCCUUACGUUCCUUACGUCGCAUAUAAUGGCACUAUACCGACAGGCGGCAACUCACUCAUCCAGGACCUUAACGUCUUCUACGAGAGCGGCGACAUUGCGUGGAUGCUUACAUCUACCGCGUUAGUGUUACUCAUGAUUCCAGGUGUUGGGUUCUUCUACUCCGGUCUUGCGCGCCGGAAGUCCGCACUCUCGCUGAUAUGGCUCUCUGUCAUGGCCACAGCCGUCACGACCUUCCAGUGGUUCUUCUGGGGCUACUCAUUAGCCUUCUCACACGAAGCUGGACCCUUCAUUGGCACACUUGACAACUUUGGUUUCCAUAAUGUCCUGGCUCAGCCUAGCGUCGGAAGCGCGAGAAUACCUGACCUUAUGUUCGCGGUGUAUCAGGGCAUGUUCGCUGCUAUCACUGUGGCUCUCGCAGUCGGUGCAGUCGCAGAGCGUGGCCGCAUGUUCCCUUGUGUAGUCUUCAUGUUCGUUUGGACAACGAUAGUAUACGAUCCAAUCGCCUGCUGGACGUGGAACCCGCACGGCUGGGUUUACAAGCUCGGCGGCCUAGAUUUUGCUGGCGGCACUCCUGUUCAUAUCUCAUCCGGAUCAGCCGCCCUGGCCUACGCAUACGUCCUCGGCAAGCGCAGCGGCUUCAACACGCACGUCUUGAAUUACCGUCCGCACAAUGUUACACACAUCGUGAUUGGCACGGUCUUUCUCUGGGUGGGCUGGUUCGGCUUCAACGCCGGUUCAGCUCUAAGCGCGAACAUGCGGGCCAUCAUGGCCGCGGUCGUCACAAACCUGGCCGCAUGCGUGGGUGGCAUCACCUGGUGUCUCGUGGACUCACGGCUCGAAGGCAAGUGGUCCACGGUGGGCUUCUGCUCCGGCGUCGUGGCAGGCUUAGUCGCCAUAACUCCAGGCUCCGGUUACGUCCCACCUUGGGCCGCCAUAAUAUACGGCGCGUGUGCUGGCGUAGGUUGCAACUUCGCCACGCAGCUCAAAUUCUGGAUGUCCGCGGAUGACACUCUCGACAUCUUUGCGGUCCAUGCAGUCGGAGGCGUGAUCGGCAAUCUCUGCACCGGCCUUUUCGCAUCAGACUAUAUCGCGCACUUGGAUGGCUACACCGUCAUCCAGGGCGGCUGGGUGAACAGACAUUGGAUUCAACUCGCAAUACAGCUCUGCGACAGCGUGGUAGGAAUGACCUAUUCCUUCUGCGUCUCCGCCGCCAUCCUUUUUGCCAUGUCCUUCAUCGGCCGGUGGUUCCCCAUCUUCCGCCUCCGCGUGAGCAAAGAGGAAGAAGAAGCCGGCAUUGACGACGUGGAGAUCGGCGAGUUCGCGUAUGACUACGUAGAGCUGAUCCGUGAAGUCAAGCCACGCGAUCCGGCGCAUGCCGUGGACGAGGUGUUCGAGGACGGAGACGAUGGUGCAAGCCAGCGGAGCCACAGCCAGGGGACGAUGAUGCAUCCCGAGAAGGGUAUGGGUCGCAAUAGUUACCCGCUGCGCAACCUAAACCGCGAGGACAUGGAUCACUACCACUAUCAGCACGAAGGCGUGCCAGGGGUCGGGCAGGCUGCCUGA